CAUCCUCCGACUUCGACAAAAAAAUUAAAUUUUUUAUCCGACGAUGGCGCUUCAGACCGGCUAUCGAUCGUCGACCACGGCGGUGCAGCAGCACGGCACGACGGAGGUGCGGCCUCGUCGCCGGCCACGGCACUCGGAGCUCCCGCCGCUUCACACCAGCUUCUCGUCGCCAGUCCGCUCAUCCGUGAUCCACCCCCCGGCGCCGGUCACGGUCGAAUACUACGCGCCGCAAUACCCGGCUGCGGCGGCCCAGCGAGCACUGCCCGCCGGUUGGUCGUCGUCGUAUCCACAGCUGCCGCCGAAUGAAUCUCCGCAGCUGCUACCGCCACCAUAUCCGAAACAUCGCCGAUUUCCCACCCUUCCUCCGCCUGGGUUCCGUACCCUGCCCAACGGAGAGAACCCUUACAACUUGGCAUCGAGGCCUACAUUUAUUGCAACGAUCCCUCCGCCUCCAGCAGUGUGGGAACGGGAGGAUUAUGUUCCAUUCGGAAGCCAUAAUCCUCUAGCUCCAACUCUAGCUUUGGCUCCGGAAACAUUACCACUGAUUCCCAGCCGGCCAUCCCGUACCGAUUCGACAAAGUCGGGUUCGGUCCAGGAUUUGGCAGAGGAGAUUGCCGCGAUGGUGCAGGCAGAGAUCGACGAGAUAGAGCAAGAACUUCUGGCACGAGGAGCAGCGAUACCCCCUCGAGAUGGCCAGAGGUUAGCGGUGGAAACUGACGUUCACUCUGCCGUCUCGGCAAAGCUCCUCGCGCCUUUCAAUGCCGUAUACGCAUACGCCGAGGUGAGCGAUCAUGAUGAGCACACGAACGAAGAUCCUGCUUCAGCCAAUGGAAAUAGAUCGUCCCCCUCGUCGUCCGUAUCUGAUCGUUCCACUCGUUCGCUGGCCUCGUUCUUUGCAAGACGCGACUCGUCGGAUACAUUCUCCAAUUGCACUCGCCCGCCUUCGGUGGCAUCGCUCGCGGAUAUUGAAGACUACAAAGUUAAAGUCGCUGGUGUUUCACUGGCCUUACCUGGGAUCGCCUGUCCGAAGGAAGUCCAGGAUGCCCCUGAUAAUUUUCGACACGCGGACAGUACUAAAGAAGCUACGGAACCUCUAUACACGCGGCAACCACUAGUUGUAUCCCCUUUGUGCUCGCCUACUUCAUCGAACCCUCCGCCUACGACUACUACCGUCGAAGGCCAGCCCGACUACCGAAGGUACAUGGAAAAGAUACCGUCGCCUCUUUCAGCUCCUCCGCUCCCAAAUAUUCCUUCUCCUCCGCCACCGAUGCGUUUACCUCCUCCUCCUCCUCCUCCCUCUUACCCGCCUCCACCGCCUCCUCUGCGUUUACAUCCGCCUCCGCCUCCUCCCUCUUAUCCGCCUCCGCCGCCUCCAAACAUUGCACCCGCGUCGUUAGUCACGACACCCACACCGGUCGCCUGCGAUUCCACGUUCCUGAUCCCCCAAACGCCAAUCGAAUCCUCCGCCGAAUCCGAAGUUACGAAGACUCCGGAACCAGACUCAGAUAAUCAUCUCAGUCUUUUCAGCCUGGUCCGUCAGACGUUGACGUUCGCCGAGAAUCUAUGGACCGAUCUCGACGAGGAGAACGUUUUUAAGGAUAACGACGAUAAAUGCAGCAUGAUGACAACAACAACAACAACAACGGAAAAGGUCACCACGACAACACAAACGUCAGAGAUAAAGAGGAUAUCUACAAUUCGACGAGUCGCCACCAUCCGGCGAAAGCGGCGGGAAGACUCGACCUCGACCGCUUGACGGCGGCGCUAUAUUUCAUAAUGUGUAUUUUUCUUUGUCUACAGGCUAUCCUGUUCGCUCUCUUCUUUGUUUUCGGAGUUCUGGCUACAUACUUCUUCUUGGGUCUCUCAUUGUUCGGUGGGCAGCGAUAUAUAUAGGUUUAUUUAUUAAUAUUUGGCAUACCGGGGAAACAAGACGUUUUCUCCUCUUUAGAAUUUCUUCUUCUUUGCUCGCGUAACUAUUGCGGAAUUUGACUAGUUUUUUUUUAAUCUUUCUGUGUCCAUCAUCAUUCGGGCCUGCAUCAUGUGGCUGGCUGACUUUUAUUUUUAUGUAUUUUAAUCAUGCAUUCUGCAUUCGACCUUACCGGUAUGAUUCCGUACUAGGUAUAUCAUGGCAGUAACAUACACACCGG